AUGCCCCUCACAAAGUGUGUGCGUCACGACAAUGCACUGCAGGACGAGCUGUACGGCAGGAUUGGCGCGUACGACAUGGUGUCGGCGGUGAUUGAGGGCUACCAUGCCACCAUCUUUGCGUACGGCCAAACCGGCUCUGGUAAGACCUACACCAUGGAGGGGUACCGGUACUCUUCGGGUCUCGUCGGCAAGACGCCGGCAGCCGCGGCCGGCAGCGCCGGGGGCCGCGGCGGCGCCGCGCGUACGGCAGCAGCGGCGGCGGCGGCGGCCGCACCUCAGGCUGACUUUGCCGCGACGCCCAAUGAGCAGUUGGGCCUCACGCCUCGGGCGAUACGGGAGCUGUUUGCCAUGGCCGCCGCGGACGGCAGCCGAAGGUUCCAGAUUAGAUGCUCGUUCGUACAGAUCUACCGGGAACAAGUUCGCGACCUGCUGAACCCUGCCACCGUGGCGGGGCUGUUACUCGGCGGGGGCGGAGGAGGGGGAGGGGGAGGGGGAGGGGGAGCACGCGCAGCUUCUAGACGACCUGGCGUUGGUAGCGGCGGUGUUGGUAGCGGCGGUGUUGGUGUUGGUGUUGGUGGUUCUCUACGAAUGCGUUGGUCCCGGCAGGAUGACUUCUACCUGGAGAACCUGUUCAUGCCCGAGGUGGACAGUGCGGAGGAGGCCAUUGCUGUCUUCCAGGCGGGGGUAGCGAACAAGCACCCUUCACCCCCCUCUUUACUUAACCUCAUGACCCGCUGGUCCCCGGGGCGUACGACACCCGUACGACACCCGUUAGGUGCCCUCCGGGACGAGAGUGUCGCCAUCAACAAGUCCCUCUUCACCCUCCGACAAGUCAUCACCGCGCUAACAGACGCCGCCACGGCAGCGACCGCGGCGGCGGCGACGCCGCCGCCGCCGCACGUGCCGUACCGAGAUUCCAAGCUGACGUGUCUUCUGAAGCCCUCGUUGGGGGGCAGUAGUUUGACGCUGAUGGUGGCGUGCCUGUCGCCCGCGGACAGGUUCCUGGAGGAGAAUGCGAGCACGCUUGACUACGCGGCCAGGGCGAGGAAGAUAACCAAUCAGGUGGUGGUGAAUGAGGAUCCCCGCAGUCGCCAGAUUCGGGAGCUACGAGCCGAGGUGGCCUUCCUGAGGCAGCAGCUGGAGGCGGCGGCGGCGGCGGCGGCGGGAACAGCGUCCCUGCGCGUCGAGUACGACACCUUGGCGUCGGAAGACGCGCGCCUGCGCGACCGGUUGUCACUGCUGGAAGCGCUUGUAGUGACGGAAGCCGGCAGCGGUCCGCGGUACAAGGACCUGUCGGCGGAGGACCUCGCUGCCGGCGGCGGCGACGCCGCUGCCGCUGCAGCGCCGCUGUACACGGCCUCCACCGCCGCCCUCAUCGAGUUGGAGGAGCUCCGUCGGGAGAAUGCGUUGCUACAUGAGCGGCUACAGCUUUUGGAGCCGGAGAUAGGGCCCGCGGGGAUGGCCCGCGGGUCGGGGGGUCAGCGGCCCUUUACUGCCGCCGCCGCCGCCGCCUGGAGUGGGGCCGGCGGCAGCGGCAGCGGCAGCGGCGGCGUCCCUGUGCGUGGCGGCGGCGGAGGUUUUACGGCCGAGCACUACAAAUAG